AUGGUUAACAAGGAAGUCCACGACGCGCUCGCGGCCUUCGUCGCCGAGCGAGACUGGGCGCAGUUCCACACUCCGGAGAACCUUGCCAAGAGCGUCGCCAUCGAAGCCGGCGAGCUCCUCGAGGAUGCCGUCGCGGCGUGGAGGGCCCAUGGCGAGGGGCACAGCAGCUGGCCUGUCGUAUACGUGUUGGGUGAUGGCCGCAACACCACCAGGGCAAAUUCGAACCGGCUGAGGGACAUCUACGUCGGGGAGUCGCUCAACGCAGCCAGCCGACUGCGGCAGCACCUCGAUACGCCCGAGAAAGAUCAUCUCAAGAACAUCCACGUCAUCUUGGAUGAAAGAUUCAACAAGUCGGUCUGCCUUGAUUUGGAAUCCUACCUCAUCAAGAUGCUGGCCGGCGACGGCGCCAACCGGGUGCUCAACCGGAACAACGGCAUCACCGAGUCGAGAUACUUCCAACGCGACAUGUAUCGCGAGGGCUUCCGCACCAUCUUCGAGCGUCUUCGAGCCGAUGGCGUCUUCACGCGGGGCCUUGAUGAGAUUGAAAACAGCGAUCUGUUCAAGUUGUCGCCGUUUAAAGCGCUGACCGACGACCAAGCAGCCUCGGUGGACGAGAUUGUCAGGGGGCUCCUCGCUGAUCUCGAGAGCGACACCAACAGCAUGAUGGUGAUCCAGGGCGAUCCAGGCACGGGCAAGACGGUGGCGGCCAUAUACUUGAUCAAGCUGCUCGUCGACAUCCAAACCUUCACCACACUGGAAGAUUUGGACAGCGACGCGCGGUUCGCGACAUUCUUCACCGACGCCAACCAGAGGCUGCUCCAGGGUCUGCGUAUCGGCUUGGUCGUGCCACAGCAGUCGCUGCGAUCUUCCAUCAAGGCCGUCUUUAAGAAAACGCCCGGACUGCAUCCGUCCAUGGUCAUGACGCCCUUUGACGUGGGACAGGCAGACAGAAUGUUCGACCUGCUGCUCGUCGACGAGACUCAUCGGCUCAAUCAACGUGCCAACCAGCCUUCAGGAGUGCUCAACGCCAAGUUUACAACCAUCACGAGAGCGCUCUUUGGCAGCGACGACACCAGCAAGACCCAACUGGACUGGAUACGGGCCAAGAGCCGGCACCAGAUCUUCCUGCUGGACGCAGCGCAGAGCGUCCGCCCCGCCGAUCUACCAUCCGAGAUGUUAUCGGAUCUCGUAGCUGAUGCUCGCGCGUCUCAGCAGCACUUCCAACUCCAGACGCAGAUGCGCGUGCGAGCGGGAUCUGACUUUGUGUCGUACGUCCGCUGGAUCCUCGACCCUCGUCCUCUCUCGCUUCCGCGGGUGCGACGCGACUUCGGGGACUACGACUUCCGCACCUUUGACAGCGUCGCGCGCAUGAGAGAUGAAAUCUUCCAGCGCGAUGCGGAGGUCGGUCUCUCACGUAUGGUCGCCGGCUACGCGUGGGAGUGGCGGACGAGGAGGGACAGGACGCUCUUCGACAUUGAGAUCGGCGACACGAGGCUCCGGUGGAACAGCACGCCCACCGACUGGAUAUCAUCCAGCAACGCCCUCGAGGAAGUGGGAUCGAUUCACACGGUGCAAGGCUACGACCUGAACUACGUCGGAGUUAUUAUUGGUCUGGAUCUGCGGAAGGGCAAGGAGAAUAACCCAGCUCUCGGCAGGACCUACUCGGAUGAUGACCUGCUGCGGUUCAUCACACAGAUCUAUGCCGUGCUCAUGACGCGCGGCAUCCGGGGGACCUACGUGUACGCGUGCGAUCCUGGGCUACAGGAGUAUCUUAAAGCUCUCAUACCAUUCCAUUCGUAA